UUGGGGAGUAGUGCGGGCAGAAGAGUCGCUCCCCCAGUGCCGCCGCCGCCGCGGGCUGAGGCCACGUCGCAUCACGCCGCGCUGUCUGAGUCACCGUUCCUCGCCGCCGAAGGGAGUUUUCGGGGGGCGCUUUACCUGUUGCCUCCCACCCUCCCCGCCUCUUCCUCACUCCCUGGCGCCGCGCACCUCUUCUCCCACCGGCUGCGUCGCUGCUUCCUUUUCCUCACCUGGGCCGCUGCCCCCGCCCCCGCCCCCCCCCCAGGCGGCCCCCCCACCCCCGCGCGCUCUUCCCAGCCCGGCUCCUUCGUCUUGCAGCUCCUGCUCCUUUAAUCCCUCGGCGGCCCCUCACCCUCUCCGUCUCCUUCUGCCUCGCCGUCCUGUCCACCCUGCCCCCUCUCUCUGUUUUUCAGUUUUCUAAUUAACGUAUUGGUCUCUCUCUUGUUUGGCCCACGCUUCUCUCUCCCCCCCCCCACCAUUUCUUAUCUCUCUCUCCUCACCCCAUUCCCGAAGCCUCCCCUCCUUCUGUCUCUUGAGUUCUCUAUGCCGAGACCUUUUCCACGUUCUCUGCAGCUCUUCCUCCGCCCGCCCCCUCUGAGCCCCCAUAGCCCUCUGGUUAUGCCUUCUCCUUAAAAGUCCCAUCCCUUUGGCUUGCUCUCUUCCUCCUUUGCUCGGCACUCGCGACCCUUACUCUGAUCUCCCAGGGAAUCCUCUCCCAGUUCCCGAUGUCUCUGCUUCUUUCUUCGUUGCCAUCUGCCUCCUCCCAUUUUCUUUGCAAUCUCUUUUAUGUUGUUUUAAAUCAAUGAAGGGUGAGUUUCUUCAGAGGCUUCCUUGACUGCUCCCAAUGUUGAGGCUGAGAUUGACGUGGUUAGUGCCUCUGCCUUGACCAUGGCUUUGCUGAGUUCUGAGGAAGUGACCGAAGGCACUUUGGGGGCUAGUGGCACCUCCUGUCCACUCUGGACUGUGCUGUAUGACUAUGAAGCCACUGGGGAAGAUGAGCUGAGCUUGCGACGGGGAGAAGUGGUUGAAGUUCUUUCGAAAGAUGCAGCAGUCUCAGGAGAUGAUGGGUGGUGGGCAGGAAAAAUCCGCCAUCGCCUUGGUAUCUUCCCAGCCAACUAUGUGACUUACCAGCCAGGGCGUUUCCAACAUCCCCAAUUAGGAAUGGUGGAGAAAUCUGGCCAGAACCUAGCUAUGCAUGAUGGGCAUCCUUCAAAUGAUGAAGGCCAUUUGGGUUCUCUAACAGAGAUUGACUUCCACCAUCUGGAACUGCAGGAGAUCAUUGGAGUUGGGGGCUUUGGCAAAGUUUACAGAGCUAUGUGGAAAGGCCAGGAAGUGGCCGUGAAAGCAGCCCGGCAGGAUCCAGAUGAGGACAUCAUGGCCACUGCAGAGAGUGUGAGGCAAGAGGCAAAACUAUUUUCUAUGUUAAAACAUCCAAACAUCAUUGAGCUCCAUGGUGUAAGUUUGCAGGAGCCCAACCUCUGCCUGGUUAUGGAAUUUGCGAGGGGAGGACCCCUCAACAGAGCUUUGUUGGGGGCUUCCCCCACCACUAGUGGGAGCCAUUGGGACCGCCGCAUACCUCCUCAUACACUGGUCAACUGGGCAGUACAAAUAGCUCGUGGGAUGUUCUAUCUACAUGAAGAAGCUAUCGUUUCCAUCCUUCAUAGAGACCUCAAGUCAAGCAACAUUCUAUUGCUUGAGAAGAUAGAAAAUGAUGAUAUUCAUAAUAAAACUCUGAAGAUUACAGACUUUGGCUUGGCCAGAGAAUGGCACAGGACAACUAAAAUGAGUGCAGCAGGCACUUAUGCCUGGAUGGCUCCUGAAGUUAUCAAGUCCUCCAUGUUUUCUAAAGGAAGUGAUAUCUGGAGUUAUGGCGUAUUGCUGUGGGAACUGCUUACAGGAGAAGUUCCUUAUCGUGGCAUAGAUGGUCUUGCUGUGGCUUAUGGCGUUGCUGUCAAUAAGCUUACUUUGCCCAUUCCAUCCACCUGCCCUGAACCAUUUGCUAAACUAAUGAAAGAAUGCUGGGCACAAGAUCCUCAUAUUCGACCAUCAUUUGCCUUGAUUCUUGAGCAGCUUACUGCCAUUGAGGGGGCAGUUAUGACAGAGAUGCCUCAGGAGUCCUUCCAUUCUAUGCAAGAUGACUGGAAAGUUGAAAUCCAACAGAUAUUUGAUGAAGUGAGGACCAAGGAAAAGGAGCUGAGAUCACGAGAAGAAGAAUUAACAAGAGCUGCUCUUCAUCAGAAAUCUCAGGAAGAGUUGCUGAAACGGCGUGAGCAGCAGCUAGCAAAACGGGAGAUUGAUGUGUUGGAGCGAGAACUAAAUAUUUUGAUACUCCAGUUAAAUCAGGAAAAGCCCAAUGUCAAGAAGAGAAAGGGAAAGUUCAAAAAAAGCCGAUUAAAACUUAAAGAUGGUCAUAGAAUUAGUCUGCCUUCAGAUUUCCAGCACAAGAUAACAGUGCAAGCUUCCCCAAAUCUGGAUAAGCGAAGAAGUUUAAACAGUAACAACUCUAGUCCACCAAGCAGUCCCCCAAUAAUUCCCCGUCUUCGAGCUAUACAAUUGAUUUCCAAAACCGAUCCAAAUACAGCUAAUGGGCGAAGAGACAGUUUAUAUGUGUACCAGCAAGAUGUAGAUAUCACGAGUGAAUAUGAACUUCCCUGUGGGGUUAAGAAAAAAGUAACCUCAGAUGAGAGCAAUAGAACUUGGGGAAGAAGUACAACUAACCAUCAGGACGAAUUUGAAGAUGUGAAGAGAAGCUUUAAAAAGAAAGGUUGCACAUGGGGGCCAAACUCAGUGCAAACAAAAGAGCGCGCAGAUUGUAAAGAAAGGAUAAGACCCCUCUCAGAUGGCAGUAGUCCUUGGUCAACCCUUUUGAUGAAGAAUCAGAAAGAUGUUCCAUUAGCUUCUUUGUUCAUGGACCAAGAACAGAAGCUGUCCCCUGAAGGUUUGGAUGCUAAGAGACCAAAGCAAUUAAAAUUGCCAAAUCAAGCCUACAUUGAUCUACCUAUUUGGAAGGAUGAUCAAGGACUACAUUUUGCAGAACAGGAGAACUUUGAAGAAGGAAAUUCAGCAAGUUCUGCAAAUAGCACUCCACAAAUGACCCCUACAAACACUCUCAACAGAACAUUACAGAAAAAGAAAACCGAGUCUGUGUUAUAUGGAUGUGCUGUCCUCCUUGCCUCAGUUGCUCUGGGCUUGGAUAUUAGAGAGCUGAACAAAUUGCAGGUUCCUGAUGAAGUACUGCCUAAGGAAGAAAAGAAAAGGCGUGAUGGACUAUUCCAGCGAGCUUCUAAGAUUCGCAGAAGUUCAAGCCCUGUAAGGUUGCAGUCCAAAAAAGAGGACCCACGCAGCCUUUUGCCAGGUCCGUCUGCAAGCACUGUGAAUCUUCUGUCUAUGUCUUCUGCUUCUACUAAAUGUCUCCUUCAGUAUGACAAUGAAGACACUAUUGUAAGCGCACUGCCCAAUAACCGAGAUGUUUCUGUUGAGCACUUUAUGCCUGAAAGCCACGUAAGCAAAGGAGAACGAAUGUUCCAAGUGGAUUCUGCCAUGAAUUCUAAAUUGUCGUCUCCCAGUCUUCCUCUGAAGCAAGGACCUCCAUAUUUAGCAAAUAUCUGUUCCUCAAAAGUGAGAGUUUUGCGUCAUAGACGGACCAUGUCAGAUGGAAAUCCCUGCCAUGCUACAACUAAUGGAAUUGCUAAUGGAGCUCCUGAGAUGCUGCACACUCCAACUCUCCAGCAGAAAAAUAAUGAUGCUUCACAUGAAAAGCAAGGAACUGUCAAUAUUAUACCAAGACCUCGACCUUCUUCUUUAAGAAGCAGACUAGAUCCUUGGCAGGCUAUUUCACAGUGUGUGAUGCCAAGCCCUUUUGAGAUGGAUCCUUUAGGGGGUGAUAGAGGUUCAAAGACUAACUUAACAACUGACAUUGAGAGAACUCAGUCCCAUAUGCCCUCCUUACUCGAUAUUGAUGUAGAAGGUCAGAACAGUGACUGUACAGUGCCUUUGUGCAGGAUAAAAAGUAAAUCAGGUCGGACAUCAAUAUAUGAACUGGAGAGAGAAUUCUUGUCUUAAGUUCCUUGGGUUCUAAAACUUUUAUGCCCUUUUAUAAAGAAAAGAAAAUGUAAAGAUGUUUUUAUAUGUUCAUAUCACAAUUUUAUGCUGCUUUAUCAUAAAUUUUGUGAUCAAUAUUGCUGGUAGUACACCAGACAGAUACAAUAUAUUGACAAUCCUUGUCGCUAUAUGAUCUUUGAAAUACUAAAACCUUAUCAAUCUGGCUAGAUUAUCCGGACAUCGGGAUGCCUCAUCCCAGCCCCUAGAUAUCCCACAAUGCACCGCACCAGUGUAUGGACAUGCGCACAUGCACACCUGGAGAUGGCUGGGAGCCCCCUCCUGUGUCAGCGCUGGUUGGGAUCAACCAGUGCCAACACACAAUCAGUUAGCCCAGGUUAAGGACGCACUCAUGCCUUUAACCUUGGCUAACUGGCAGGCUCCCUAGGUGGGUUUGCCAUGAAGGUGCUGCCAGGAGCCUUGAGGCACCUGGCAUUUCUCAUGGACUGCCAAACCUGGGCUUAGACUCAGCAUACUAUUGAAUGAGGUAGUGGAAGAGAAAUGGCAGGGGGAGAUCUUUAAAAUGCCCUUGUUUUGUGCCCUGUGUUUAUUGUUUAGUACAACUGAAAAUGCUGUUGGAGAACCUCAAUUAUUGUAAACGUUUGUGUCCUUAUUAUGAAUUACCUUAAUGUACUAAUGACCAUUAUUUGAAGUUCCUUGUCAGUAUAUGAUCUUUGAAAUGCUAAAACCUUAUCAAUCUGGCUUUUUGUUCAACAUCCGUAACUGUAUAGUGAUUAAUUUAAUGGUAGCAAUUACUUAUUGACAAGGGUGCAUUUGAAACCUAUGUGAGAAAUUUAAUUUUCAUUCUGUUUUGGUCAGUUAUGAUGUCAGUAUUCAUUUUUAAUGAAUUCCUGAAGGCAUUUUAAGAUACCAAGGCAUUAUUAAAAUGUAAAGUUGGGUUUUCUAAAAUUAAUAGUUCAUAAUUGCCAUUCUGGUGGAUUUGCAUAUGCUGCAGGAAUGAAAUUGUCCACUAAUGAAUCAUUAAUGUCCUGACUUUCUGUCAUCUUGUUUUAAGGGCUUUGGUUGAAAUGCUUUGGCCAGGAUCCAAAGAGCUCAGUGCAGGAAAGCACCUGCAUUCAUGAGGGGGAGGGGGAGCAAGUCUUGCUUCUUGACUGCAGCCUUUGCACCAUAUUGAAUUCCAGAGGGUCCUCAAACCUUCAAGAGUAGCUUUUCAAGGGGUGUGAGAGACUGCAAUAAGGAAGGACCAAAAAAGCUCCAGUGGCCAUGGAAAUCACCAUGCUCAACCCUUUGGAUCCUGCCCAUUGUUUCAGUUCUCUUAGCAGUGCAGAGUCUGAUCCCAACAUCAUCAUGAACGUUUAUCAAGUCCAGCCCAGUACAGUGGUUUAGACCCAAAUUUACUGCUCCUCUUGCGGUGACCCCUUCAGUGAAUGGGAGUUGCAUGAGCAGAACCCUUCUGUGACUGCAGCUCUCCUCCCUUCAUGGGAGGGGCUACCAUGAGCAGAGCAGUACACUUGGAUCAGAGCCUGAAAGUUCCAUCCUUGAUUCCAAAACCUACAUUGCAUUCUACAUUACCUUAGCUUCCAUGAUAAAAGUCUAAUUCUAGUGGAUUUGAAUUUUAAUAACUCAUAUAUUCUGCUGAAGGUAGCAUAUAAAAAUAAUUCCGUUUUAAUUUAUAAAGUGAAAAGACCAGUCUGAAAUAUCCUCACCUUAGAAGAAGAAACUGUAAGCAUUUGUUUGGACUGCAAGUAUUAUGUCUACCUGUAACUUUUAAGGUCUGCUAGCUGUGAUUUGUAUGGUCUUUGUACAGCACGUUGUGAUUUAAGUUAUUAUAUUUUAAUGUAUUUUUUCUCUUUGGUACUUUGUAUGGUUCUGUCAGUUUUGUUGUUAUAAGCAUUAACUUUUCAAAACCUCAGAUGCUGUACAGUUCUUUUAAAAUGCUGUCGCUUUAAAUCAGGUACAGCAAUGAAGCUUAGAGCUUCAUUAUUUUAAAAUGUGUAUGAUUUGGCUCUUUAUUUGAAUGGUGUUCACACACAUGUACAAUGAAGUUUGUGUAUGUCUUGCAUGUAGCUAGUAUAUUACAUUUUGAAGAUGACCACUAGAGCGUUGGAUUAUUUUGGCUGUUGUUAUGGAACUGUGUACAGUUUGUUGUUUUUCUAGGAUGAGAAAAUGGUUUGAAUUAUGCAGUACUGUAAUCUCAUCCUUUGAUAUAUGUUUUCCCUUCACCAUAAAUCUCUCAGGUCCUGAA